CCCCAUGGAGACGCUGCGGCGGGACUAGGGGAGGUGGUUUUCCGGGGGCACCCGCCAGCCUCGGCCAUGAGGAAGAUCUUCGGCUCCAGGAGUAAGGGCCCCUCGCCCCUGGCGCCCGGCCGGCUGCGGAGCAACUGCGUGGGCUUCGGGCGCGAGGGCGCCGCGAGCUCCCCGCAGCCCAGGUACCCGGUCCAAGACAAGGAUCUGGGCAAGAUCCACAAGGCUGCGUGCGCGGGAGACGUGGCCAAAGUCCAGCACGCCCUCAUCCUGGGCAAGAGUGGCGUGAACGACCGGGACAAGAAGGACAGGACUGCUCUACAUUUUGCCUGUGCCUUUGGCCAUCCGGAAGUGGUGACUCUUCUAGUAGAGAGGAAGUGUGAGAUUGAUGCCUAUGACAGUGAGAGCAGAACACCUCUGAUGAAGGCUAUACAAUGCCAAGAAGAGGAAUGUGCGACUAUCCUGCUAGAACAUGGUGCCAGCCCAGAUGUUACGGACGCCAGCGGCAACACUGCUCUCCACUAUGCUGUGUACAGCGACAACGCAUCAAUAGCUGCCAAACUGCUUGCACACAGUGCAAACUUAGAAGCAAAAAACAAGGAUGACCUCACAGCACUGUUACUUGCUGUAAAGGAAAACAAACACCAUAUCAUGGACUUUUUAGUAAAGAGGAGAACAAAGACUUACGUCGCUGACAAGCUGGGCAGUAACAGGCAACUACGUUUUGACUGUGAAGAACAGGCACUGAAAAAUUCUGAGGAUAGCAAUUCAGUGGAUAAGAGUUCUGAGGACGGCUCUUUAAGCAGGCUUUCCAACACACCUGGUCCUGGUGACCCCUGGCCUACAUCAGAUGAAGAUGACUAUAAUUUUGAUACCAAGAAUGUCCCCAAAGUGAACUUAACGGAGUUAUGGACUGCUGCUCAGCAGUCUCGGAAAAACCAAUCAAAACAUGGCUUUGGGAAACUGGAAAAUAGAAUGGUGUUUAACAACAGCAAUUCUAAUAGUGAAAACGAAGAUGCAGAUGAAGUCCUUCCUGAGACCUCAGUCAGAGCCCCAAGCUUUUCUGUUCCUUCCUUUCAACCACUUGACCCAACGGAAGAAACAACUGAGCCAGCAGUUAGAAAAGAAGAAAAUGGUGCUAAUAUUGAAAGUGCUUCACGAGAGCAGCCAAAUAAUGGCAGUGUGACUAAUGCUGAUGAAACACACAAAAAUAACAAAAGUGAAAUGAUGUCUGCACUGGGCUUAGGAGAAGAUGAAGAAUCACCAUGGGAUUCUGAGAGUGUUUCUGAGAGUCCUCCACUGAAUUGUGUAGGUCAUGUGUCUCUGACUGCAGAUCACAAAGGAGAAAGUAUAGUGAAUGGACAAGUAGAAGAUGUGGGUUAUAUACCUUCUUGCAUGAGUGGAUCAAGAAACUUGGCUAAACUAGAGGAUUCAAGAAAUGUAGGCAUACCAGUAGCUCACAUGGAGACUCUCGAAAAAUACCCUGACAAGGAGUGCUCCAAUGAAAUGAAGCAUUCUGUUCUGACUAAAGCAGUAGGAAUGAAGGAUGUGCAGACGUGCCGGUCAGAACCGGACAUAGAAAUGUCAUCAGAAGAGCAAAGAAGGCUGAGCGGCAGUGACAGUAGCCAGCUACAGGUUGAAGCAAACCAGUACAAAGGUAGUGAUGUGGAACUAUCUGAAAACCUGCACGCCGGUGCUCCCGCUGCUGGCGCCACUGACGAGGGCUUGAGUGAAGAGGGUGGAAAAACUGACGGCCAGCAGUUUCCUGUGAAGGAGAAGGAAGAGCAUGAGAGACCCACAAGGAAAACAUCCAAUAAAAAUAACAAGAUAAAAAACAAGGUCAGGAAGCAAACAUGUGCUGUGGAGGACUCUGAUGACUUGACUCAAUCAUCUGAGACAGCCUCUGAGGAUUGUGAACUGCCUUACCCUAACUAUGAAAGUAUUUUGCUGCUAAUUGAGCAGCUUAGAACGGAGUGUAAAGAUAUUGUGAGCCUAUUGAAAGUCCGAGAUGCAGUUCACUCAUACAGAAGGUUGAUAGAAGUUACCAAAAGCCACUGUGAACUACUCAGAGGAAAGAUUAAAAGAAUGGGAUGUAAGGUCAGUGAAGUGCAGAAGGAGCUGUCAGAAACAAAAGAAGCAAAAUCCCAGUUAGAGCACGAGAAAGUGGAAUGGGAGCAAGAGCUUUCCAGUCUGAGAUUUGCAUUGAAACAAGAAGGCGAAAAGAGAAGAAGUGCUGACCAACUUUAUGACAAGAUUAUGGAACAGUUUAGAAAAAAGGAGGAGCAAUAUAAUAAAGAAGUGGAAGUGAAGCAACAACUUGAAAUCUCUCUUAGGGCACUAGACAUGGAGCUGAAGACUGUGAAAGAUAACUUGAACCAGGUUGUAGAGGAGCGAAAUGAAACUCAGAGACAACUUUCUCGGGAGCAGAACGCAAGGCUGCUGCAAGAUGGGAUCCUGGCAAAUCACCUCUGCAAACAGCAGGAGAUAGAAACGGCGCAGAGAAGGAUGACGUCUGAGGUUUCGGUUAGCCAUGAAAAAGAAAAAGAUCUAUUGCAUAAAAAUUACAAGUUGCAGGAUGAAAUUGCCAUGUUAAGACUGGAAAUAGACACAAUAAAAAACCAUAACCAGGAAAAGGAAAAGAAAUAUCUGGAGGAUAUUGAGAGUGCAAAUGAAAAGAAUGAAAACCUCCAAAGGGCAAUGAAGCUGAAAGAAGAAACCUUUACAAAAACAGUAUUUCAAUACAAUAGGCAGUUCAGUGUUUUGACAGCUGAGAAUGCAUUGCUGAGUUCUAAGCUGGAGAAUGAAAAACAAAAUAAAGAGAGACUGGAAACAGAAAUUGAGUCCUACCGUUCCAGACUGGCUUCUGCUGUACACGACCAUGGUGAAAGUCAGACAUCAAAGAGAGACCUAGAAAUUGCUUUCCAAAGAGCAAAAGAUGAGUGGUGUCGUUUGCAGGACAAGAUGAAUUUUGAUAUAUCUAACCUAAAAGAUAACAAUGAGGUCCUUUCCCAACAGCUGUCUAAAACUGAAAGAAAAUUCAAUAGUCUAGAAAUUGAGUUUCACCAUGCAAGAGACGCUCUUAGAGAAAAGACUUUGGUUUUAAAACACGUACAAAGAGACCUGAGCCAAGCACAGUGCCAAAUGAAGGAGGUUGAGCACUUGUAUCAGAAUGAACAAGGAAAGGUGAACAAGUACAUUGGAAAGCAGGAAUCCAUCGAGGAGAGACUGUCUCUACUACACAGUGAGAACACGUUGCUGCGACAGCAGCUGGAUGAGGCGCACAGCAAGGUUGACAGGAAAGACAAGACCGUAGUUAAUAUCCAAGACCAGUUUCGCGAUCUGAUGAAAAAGCUCCAAGCCGAGCGGGAAAAACAAAAUCUGAUGCUCGAAGACAGGAAUAAGGAGUUAAUCAAUGAAUGUAAUCACUUGAAAGAAAGAGUGCAUCAAUAUGAAAACGAGAAAACGGAAAGAGAAGUAGUAGUGAGAGAGCUUCAACAAGAACUGGCUGAUACUCUGAAAAAACAAUCUAUGUCAGAGGCUUCACUAGAAAUUACAUCACAUCACCGCAUUAAUUUAGAAGAGGAAACACGAGAUUUAAAGAAGAAAUUAAGUCAACUUGGAAGUCAAUUGCAGGAAGCCCGGGAUCAACACGCAGAGGCCGUGCGGUGCACCGAGAAGACACAGGACCAAUUGCACAAGGUUGAACUUGAAAAUUCCAAGUUGAAAACUACAGUAAAAAAACAAGCAGGGAAAAUUGAACAACUCCAGAAAAGUCUGUUAAGCAUAAAUUUGUCUGAAGAUGAUAAGGAGCAACUGAAGAGACUUACUGAAUUGAAGCAAUCUUUGGAAUGUAAUUUAGGUGAAGAACAGAAGAAAAAUGAGGAACUGGAAAAAGAGCUGACUGGAUUUAAGAAGCUCUUAAAAACGGCAGAAAAGAAGUUAAAUGAAUAUGAAAGCAGAGAGCUUAGUUUCCGUCAAGAUAUUAAAACCAGUCAAUUGGAAAUGGAUAUUCCAAUUAAUGUGCUAAUAAACAAGGUUGAUGACCUCACAGCAAAACUAGAAACCACAUCUUCAAAAUAUCUCCAUCUGGAUAAAAGAAAUCAGCUUCUUCAACAGGAAUUGCUGUCUAUGAAAACUGUACAAAAGAAAUGUGAAAAACUAGAGAAGAAUAAAAAGAAAUUGGAACAAGAAGUGGUAAACCUCAAAAGCCACAUAGAAGAAAAUAUGAUAGAAUACGGACAAGUAGAACACUAUAAACGGGAAGUUGAAGAAAGAGCAAAACAAGAUCUAGUGGAAAAGCUAAAGCAAGUCAAUCUCUUUCUACAGACACAAGCAACAUCUCAAGAAAGCUUAGAACAGUUAAGAGAGAAUAACAAUGCUUCAAUAAGAAACCAGAUGGAACUAAGAAUUAAAGACCUGGAAUCUGAACUCGCUAAAAUGAAAGCUCAAGAAGAUUUUCAUAAAUUCGAACUAGAAAAGUAUAAGCAACUCCAUGUAGAAGAAUUCAGAAUAAGGAAGUCACUGUCAAGUAAACUAAACAAGACUAGUGAGAAGCUAGAGGAGACCAGUGCCAAACUCCUCCUAGAGGAGCAGCAGAACAGAUCUCUCCUCAGCACUCUGAGUACAAGGCCUGUGGUCGAAUGCCCUUGUAUUGGAAAUCUUCAUAAUGGUUUGGUAUACAAGGGAAGUUUUAUUCCAAGAGAAAACUUGGUGGUUCCUACCUCAAACCUACAGCCAUCAAAUAAAAGAAUAGAGAACUACCUGACCCAGAUGCAGCGGGAGUUGGAAAAAAGCAUAACUAGAGAACUAAAAGAAGCCACUGCUGAGCUUGAAUGUGGAUUCCUUCGAGCUUCUCCCCUUGGGUCUGCUACUAAAUCCAGCCCAGAUCUUCCGUCAGAAGAAUCGCAAGAGCAUCCAGACAUUUUGAUGAAAAAAUAUAUGAUCUUCUAAAUUUCAAACAAGACAUGAAAAUAGAAGUGGAACUAUUUGGGGAGGGAUCAGAGGGAAGGGGAGUAGGACAGAGAGAGUGAAGGCUUUUUAAGUAUGAUGUAAGUGUGUAUCUGUAAAGAUGAUGUAA